AUGUACGUUUCCACCAUCGGCUGCCGGGGAGCCUGUCGACUUGUUUCAGAUGGCUUUGACAACCUCAUCCGAACUUUCAUCCUGGAGAAAACGGUGGAAUCUGCCAUGGACUGGAGCGACAGUGAGGACGAUGUACAGAAUGAGUGUGCAGAGAGCGAGGAGUCGUCGGAAGACUGA